AUGAUUAGCACUCCAAUAAAUAAUACUCAAUCUGAAAUUAAAGAAUAUAUUGAAAAAACACAAUAAAUUAUUCAUGCUCAAAAAUAAAUUGUAGAUAUCCUUGAUGCUCAAAUUGACUAAUUAUUCAAAUUAUAAAAUAUCAGAAAUCAAAUUGAUUAAACAUCUAAUAAUACUUAGAAUUUAAUUAUCGAACUAAAAAAAUAAGAAAAUGAGUUAGAAGGCAUAUCAUCAGAAUAGGAUGAAUUGAUAAGAACAUUAGAAAAAGCAGUUGCAAGUGAAGACUAAGUAGAACAAGAUGCUGCUCGUUUGCAUUAAUAAGAAAAAACUUUAAUUUAGAGAAUGUCUAAUUAAAUUUAAGAAGUAUUGCAUUUAUAUAUUUAAUUAGAUUAAAAGCGGUUAAAAUACAAGUUUAAACUUAAUAUAAAAAUAUUUUUUUGUUUUAGAAAAGUAAUCUUGA